CCUUUUUCUUGUUCCAAAACCUUUUGUUCUACAGAUUGUUUUGUUCAAACUAUGUCAUCUUCUUCUUAAUUUGAACACUUUCUCCUCUGUCAAUUACAAGUUCACAUUAGUAUUUGUACAUUACACAGAGUCCCCACUCCCCCCCACCAUUCCCCAAACACCAUGGUCACUUGUGUCUCUUUUCAUUCUUUUUACUUCUUCUCAGCCUAAUGCUAAAAAAAUUUCACUUGGGUUUUUAUAUCUCUGAACCCACAGAUCCCAACAUUCCUAAUUCUCUCCAGCAUUUAUACCACUCAACCAUUUUAAGAAACAGAGCUUCAAUUUUGUCUGCUGCUGACCAAAAAAUGGGAUGCUGUUUCAGCUCAAAGAAGCUGUCUUCCCAAGGAUCUGACGACAAAUGUGGUGGUGCCGGAGGAGGAGGAGCUCCGCCGCGAUCACAUCCGCCGGUUGAGGAAGAAACUGUCAAAGAAGUCCUCUCUGAGACCCCCAUUACCAAACCAGUUCCUCCUCCUCCUCCUAAAGCGGUGGUAAACGACAAAAUUAGCCGUUACGAAGUGCCGGAAACUCAAGAAUUGAAAAUCGAAGUUCUGGAAAUCGAGCCUACCAUUACUACUCCGGCGGCGGCUGAUGUAAGAGUGGCUAAGGAGGAAUUGAAGACGGCGGUGAUUAGGCCAGCUGAAGAUGUCGUUUCUGAAGUGUCAGAGUAUGAGAAUUCCGAGCUCUGUAGUGUCACCGAGAGUUUCUCGACGACGACGACGGCGACGGUGAACGGAAUGGAGAAGAGGGUCGAUGACGGAGAGGAAGUCACUCAGCGUCAGCGAUCCCCUGUCCGGGCUCGCCGGAAAAGGCCUAAUGUGGGGGACAUGACUGGAGGCAGGGAGAGAGGUGCUAGAUCGCCGGCGAGACGAGCUCUGCCAUCGCCGGAGAGUAAAAAGCCGGUCGCUUCCUUGAGGCAAGUUCAGGGGAGGUCAACAAUGGGUUCUCAACGGAGAAAUGUAGGAACCGGGGCGCCCAAUAAUGGUACUCUCCGGCGAGACUCUAGUACUGGGGGUUCCGCCCGGCGAUCGAGGUCUCCGGCAACACGUGGUGGUCAAGUGGGUUCCCGUCAGAAUGCGAGGUACCGGAGCCCAGGUCGGAGUGAAAAUGGUAGGUCCGCCGGUGGCUGGUCGCCGGCGAGGGCUUUAGAUAACGGUGUGAAGGUAGACAGAAGCAGCAGCGACAUGGUUUCGCCGGAAAGUAGUACAUUGGACUUGGAGAAGCCAAACGACAGCGUUUUGGAUGAGACGGCUGAGUCGUUGGAGAAUCCGCUGGUUUCAUUAGAGUGCUUCAUCUUUCUCUAAAUAAAAAAAUUUUGUGCGUUGGGCCAAUUUUAACCAUGUCAAUUUCAGUCGGUACCACCUUAACUCCAUUUUAUCUCUUUUUUCCUUUUGGUUGCAAAUUUAAUUGGUGUAAAUAUAAUCAGUUUCAUUUUUAUGUCACUUACAACGUCGACUUGUUCUUGAAAGAUCUGGAUCAAGAAACAGGGAAAAAAAAAAAAGAAAAGAAAAAGAAGUCAUAAAUUAGUGUACAUUUUCAAUCCUAUUUUAGAGUUGUUUUCUAAACUUCCCAUGAACAUGAACACUUCAUUUAGGAUAAAAGUACUCCCGAGUUGCCAAAUAGUUAAGUACCGGUACAUAAGUUUACGAACUUAAUUAGUAUAUAUUACUUCAUCGCCAUAUGAUGCCAAUUGUACAGAGCAAUGUAAUUUUUUUCUUUCACUCACUAAAGGCUGGAAACUUGUAAUUGCAUGAAAAUCCACCAAAAAGAAGCGAAACUAGUGCAACUUUUUGCGUGGAAUUUUGAAACGCGCAUGCAAACCUGCCAAAAGGGAUGGAAAAAUUCUUAUUGCUGUAAACAAAAAAAAAAAAAAAAGGAAGCGUGAAGAGACAAUACGUUAAGAUGGCAAUCCCUAUACUCCUUCCUGUUGAUGAGAUAAGUGAUUAGAAGAAGUUGGGACAAUGGUGUUGGGAAACCACCUCUUAUGUUCCCCCUUUGGGAUGAAAGAAAGGUGUAUAAUGGUGUCAUGGGAUUAAUAAGAGAGGACAACAUAUUCUUCACUUCCC